CACUGUACUGCGUUGUUAUAAACAACCAAGAUGGCGGACAACGCUUGGCUAGUAGAUGGAGUUGUUCAGUAUUUGAGAAGCCCCAUUUGGCAGAUGCCAGUCAUGGGCUUUAUUGAUCAACACUGCUUGGUGUUUGAUCCAGAAGAAGAAAACAAACUUGCUUACACAGACAUACACAAAAAGUACCAACAGUUGGUGGAGUUUAUGUUGGAGAGCUUUGUGGACGACAUCGGUAUCAAAGCAGAGGAUUUCGUGAAAGCCUGCCAGGGACACGAGUCCCAGUCUAAUGCAUCUAUCAUGACAUUGUUCGAACAGGUGGAAGCAGCCCAAGACUUUGAGGUCUUCAAGCGUAUGAUGAUCAAGCACAACAUUGAGCUGGAGCUGCAGGCCUUGCGCGUCAUGCAGGUGCGCAGUGGUAUGGUACCAGACAUCAUGCAGCCAGGCAAGGACACCACGGUCAAGUAUACGGACGCUACGGUGGACACGGAAGAUGAAAGGAUCCUGAACGAGAUUCUCAGGAAAUCCAAAGAGGAAUACGACGCUCUUAAGAAGCAAGGGAAUGAGAAGGAGGCUGGGAUAGAUGCCCUAAUGGACAAGGCACUGGCAAGCAGUCGGGAAGAGGCUGAGAGAUUAAAAAAGGAGAAGGAAAAAGAGGAAGAGAUGCUUAGCAAGGUUUUAAAGGAAAGUAGCGAUGAUUACCAAAGAAAAGAGGCCCAAGUCAAUAGAGAGAAAACGUUAUUGGAUAAGGCAUUGAAACUGUCCAUCUCCACUGACUCAUCCAAAUCAACGUCCAGUUCAUCGGGUCUGCCGCCCGUGACUCAACAAAGUCAGAAACCGAGUUCAAGGCCUGAGUCCAAGGCAAGUACAGUUAGCAGCACCUCGAGCAGCAAGCCAGCCCCAGCAGCUCCAGCCCCAGCAGCUCCAGCCCCAACUGCAGCAGCCAAGAACGUGAGCAGUGCACAGGCUGCAGCUGACUGGCUGAGCACCGCCAAGGCCGAGGCGGCAGCAGAGGAAGCCGGCCGAGGCUCCAGGGCUAGCGUCUCAUCAUCAGAUGCAAAUGAGUUGAAGAAACGCGAGGAGUAUUUGAAGAAACAGCGUGACCUGCUAAUAGAAAUGAAGAGGAAGGAGAGAGAGAAGAACUUCAAGAAAGAGACAGAGUCCCAGUCUAAGGCAUCAUCACGUCCCAAAUCAGCAAGAGCGGCACGCCAGGCUACAGCUGGCGAGGUGAAAGUGGAUCCUGCAACAAGCGCUGAACAGGAGAAGAAGCUGAAGAUGCGGCUGGCACUGGCAGAUCGGCUCAAGAAAGAAGUCAUCAACGAAAAGUGAUCACAUGGCAUUAUUCGCAGCACUGCAAGGGCAGCUUGGUUGAGGUGGAGGAAUGUUAAAAGCAACUGACUCGUCACACACAUGGUACUCACGAAGAGCUGGUAGAUACAAGCCACUGAACAAACUUUAGGUGCAAUGCUACGAUUGACAAAACAUACCAAGAAGUUUUUGGGAUCAUUUCCUUGUAAUUGCAGUUGAUUUCUGUUGGCCUCAAAUAAGUGUUUAAAGCUUUUUGCACCAAACAGCAGUUGAUCGUGUAGUUUCAGCGUUAGUAACACCAUUUGCAACAAGGUACAGUGUUAGGCACCUCAACACCAACAUUGAGUUAGCUAUAGAGUGAUGGUGAUUAAAUGAAAUCAAAAGAGGGAUUAAGCAGGGUUCCCACGGUCAUGGAAAGUCCUGAAAAAUCCUGUAAAAAAGUUGUUUUGGAAAGACCUGGAAAACAGGAAAAAUAGUGUGUCCUUGAAUCCUUUUGUCAGAGAAAAGGUUAUGGAAAUCAAGAUCAUGUAAGGGUUAUUUUUUAUGGGCCUCAUUUGAUAUGAUAAUGAAAUGGUGAUAAAUUCAGAGCCUGUAUCCUAACCUCUAUCCUAGCGGCUAAGGCAGUCUUCCAGUUCAUAAUGCAUCAGUGUUGGAGGUCUCGAGGCCAGCCUUAGCGUCGAGGCCGGCUUUUCAAAGCCUUGGCCUCUGCCUCGCUUCGCUUCACAAUUACUCAGUCUUCACUCUUGGCCUUGGUCUCAGCACCCUCUGGAAUCGAAGAAUCAGUUGAGGCCGGUUCGAGGCUGCCCAUUUUUAGUCAUUUUUCUCAGCUUCUACAUGUCUUUUCCCCCUUGACAAUUUAUCUUGACAGAGUACUUGCAGCAUGCAUGUGCUGUGGGCAUGGAUCAUUUUUGUAUACAAACACGGAACCUAUACUCUCCAAUGACGUGACGCCGCUGAAUAGUUUUUUAUCCCCAGGGAACAUACUUACUUUCAUUGAUUGUUGCGUGAAAAGGAUAGCUUUUCUAUUGCAUGAAUUAGGCUACAUGUACUUAUCGUUUCCAAGUUCCACAUUUUUCCUAUUUCUGUAUCACUUGAAAUAAAAACCUACCUUUUUUGUGUUGUUCUUCAGUUCUAUGUUCCAAGACAAGUUCUGCUAGGGAAAGUGAAAUGUAAGCCUUUUGUACAAAUAUUCUCAGAAAAUUCUAGAAAAGAAAUUUUGGCCAGAUUUCUGAUUCACACUUCAACUUUUUUGAACGGUUUGUCAAAAGUCACGGGAGCCAAAAAAAUUUCACUUAAAUUUACAGGGUCACUCACUACGUGUGAUUCCAAGUCAUAUAAACGUUUGAAUUUAAUGUCUGUUUACUUAAAAUUGACUUUUAGAGUUGCUGUUUGUUUAAAAUUGGCCAAAAACUGAACACAUUUUUCCCCUGGUUUCGGAUCGCACAUAAUCUGCAUGCAAAUACGUAUAAGGUUUUCUAUAAAAGUGUUGAAUGUCAUGGAAAUCUCAUAGGUUAGCCCUGGGAAAAGUCAUGGAAUAUGGUUUUUAGAUUUCUGCAGGAACCUUGUUUAGUCAUGGUUAUCAGGUGUAAACUCGCAGAUUUUCUCACAUGAUUACAUGUUGCAUUUUAAAAAGCAAAUAUCGAGUUUGUAGUUAAGACCACCUUAAGUCAUCAAAUGUCCCUAUUACCAUACCACAAGGAUUCCUCAAUAUGCUCAAGUCGUACCUGUAUCAAGUCAAGUCAUGAGCCUUUCAUAUGAAACUGAGUCAUUCUCUCUCAUUAUUCUUAUUAAAUGUUUCUGUGGCUGGUGACAUAACUUACGAGGGGCAUGACUCCAAAGUUUUUAUUAACAUUUUUUAAAAUCGUGAAGUUUUCAAGGCUUGCUUCAGCCCUCAUUAAGUUGAUGGAGAUUGUGUUCACAUCAGUGCUGCUGUACUAGUGUGCAGUUGUUUAACCACUUUAGCGUAGUGCCUAAAGAUUACUUCGUGCGGCUAUAAACAUCCGUUAAAUGAAAUGAUGAAUUUUUCAUGCUGCCGCCAUAGACAUGCAGAGCCUCGAUCUGGUAGCUUUACACAAUAGAUUUAGCCAGUUCAGUGAUUCCCAUGUAUGUUGCUUAGUCAUUUUGGCCAUGCUGUGUCACCUCUUAUACUAUGUGGUUUGACAAUAUUUCAAAAGCUGUGUUGACGCAGUUCUGAUGUGAUUCUACAAGCUGCCAGUUCGAGGCUCUGCACGUCUAUGGCGAUAGUGUGCAAAGAGCGAAUGGGCCUUGAAAAUUUGUGACAAGAAACCAGUCAAGGAAAAUUCACUGCAAAACAGUAUGUUAAGGAAUUUUGAACGGGAGAUUUUCACAGUGGGUAUACAGGUAACUCUGUACAGAAGUACAUGCACUGCAUGUCAGCCUUGGUAGGAUUCAAAGCCCAAAUUGCAGAAGUAGAAGGGGAGGAGAUCAAGUUCCACUGCCCCAACCGACUCCCCCAAAAUUAUUAGGAAACCUCAAUUAAAAAACUCAUUUUUCCUUGCACUGUGAAUGUUCAUUUUAGCUGUGGAUUUUUUAUAGUUUUUGUUGUUUUUGGCGUGGUAGUUUCCUUGACGGUUCCUCUUCACAUUCCUUCAGAUAACCCGGAGCCCAAUCUAUAUGUACCUCUGUGUUUUUCAGCAAAGAAGAACCUUGUGUGGACCUGGCCUAGUCCACACAAGGUUCACAGAACCUGCAUUAUGUGGGCCUGUUUUUUCUAAAGUACACAGAAUGUACAGUGUACAGAUAUAAAACAAGCUUAGAACAGCAGAUAAACACUUUUCUUAUGUUGUUCAUGUGAAAGGAGCCCAUUAAAAAUAUCAAGUGAUGCUUUUGUAAUUCAGGGACUGUAUUUUAUUGAGGACUGAUGACAGUGCAUGUAGCUUAAGGACUUGAUGUUGGUCAUAUUGUUGUGCAAGUUCAUACAAUUUGGACAGGCGGGCUAAUUUGGCAGGAGCUUGAGUGUGUAAUUUUCAUUGUACAGUGCAAUUUGAAAUGUGCUAAUUGAAUGUAGGAGCGUGUAAAUUUACCAAGUAAUUCAUGUAAGAUAUGCAUGUUUAUCACUCUGUUGUCAAGUAGUUUCAUAUAAGCAUGUAUUCAGUGUGAAUUGUCCAGUGCUAUAGUCAAGAUCACGCACAAGACCAUUCACACACCAGACACAUGGAUAUUCAAAACACCAGUUACAAGAUCAGUCACAAGUCCAGACAAGACCAGUCACAAGCAACAAGGUGAACAGUGACUAAGGAAUGCUUUUGCGACAGUUCAUUUGAAUAGCUUGUGACUUAAUUUCAGACUGGAGGUCUUGCAUUGGUCUUGAGUGGUCAAGACUACAACACUCUCACUGUCUUAUGGGAGUUGAACUUGUAUAGUCAUUUUAUACCAGGUACCCUCACAAAUAUAUUCACAGUGGUUAUUUAUCCUGGUUGGCCUAAACACCGUCAGUAGGGGCUUACUUUAGCCUUGUGCAUGACAUUUGCAUAUGUGUGACCAGAACAAGCGUGAAGACAUGAUGCACAUAUAAUUCCUGGAGUAUAGUGCCCAGUCAGGCACUAUACUCAAAAGCAUUUUUGGCUGCUUACUGUUUGGUCACUUGUGCAUAUCUCUGUCCCCCUCAGAGUACAUAGAUGUGCACUAGUGACCUCAUUGCCAGUCCACUGUGUAUGAUGGUCUUGCUUUAUUAUACAUACCUGCUGUUGGGUUUUUGUUUUGUUUUGCUGUUGAUACCGAGGUAUACGCAGUAGACUCAUCUAUUAUCAUAUGGUCCACUUUCCAUACACCCAUAAUACAGCAUGAAAUUAUGGUUAGACAUGGUCAGUUUUACGACCACUUUUCAAAUUUGACCAAAGGCAGAUGUGAUCGGACUAACUAUCCAAAGGAAAUGAGAAGGUUUAAAUCCAAAUACAGAGUCCUGUAUGUGUUUUUACUCUGGUGUAUGUGCUUGUGACAUUAUAAACGGCAAGGCCACUUUAUGGUGUGCAUUUAGGCGUUUGAAAAAAAAAAGAAUUUGUAUUGAAUUACAGUGUAGGCAGCUGGUUUCCAAAAGACAAGAGUUUUCUGAUAGAAAUGAUGGCAGUUGGAAUCAGUGCUGUACACGUAUGUUGUCCAGCUUCUGUAUUAGUGACAACUUGCCACACCGAAGCAGCUAGAUUUAUCCAUACAUUUGCAUUGUCAGGCAGUUGUGUGUUGUUUGUAAUAUGUAUGUUGAUAAAUGUACAUGUACAAACAAGUGCCUUAGAUUUAGAGGUAACAGGGAGUCCAUCACCAGUUAAAAAAGCAAUGGAAUGGGCCAUUGGUGAGUGAUCCACACCCUUUUCUAGUCAGACCUGUUUAUUAUAUGGUACACUAACUUGUUCAUGUGUUUCACACAUACAUGUACCAGCUCAGAAGGCACAUUGUACAAGGUGCGUAUGUAUUACAGAUAUGCUUGGGAGGUUUCUAAUAAAAGAAAAAAGAAUAAGUAUUAAGAGCCCUUUCAGAAGUAACGUUCAGUUUAAUACUUGGAUAUGAAAUAAGUUUGCUUCACUUAUUUCUUGCUUUGAAGAGAUUAAUGUGUUGAACUCCUUUCAAACUGUGCACACACCGACUGUACUGUUAAAGUUGCAUUCACACAUCUUUUAGUGAAAUGUUCUUUGCAGUAGGCUCAGCUUAUUCAAGCCCUGCACACAACCUUGUUUUAGCCAGCCAGAAUAAAGAAUCAACGUGUUACCAGUGUCCAUGAUUCCUAUGCAAAACAAUAGCCUUACAAGCAGUUGCAAGAGUGCGCUGAUCAGUGUUUAUAUCUCUUUCCCAAACCUCAUUUACUGCCUCAUACAGGGGGCACCAACUCACAGGCACCUUCACUGUUAGAAGUCUGUUGCACAGUACUUUCACUCAACUGUUGAUUUUCAUCUCCUUUUCUGUUCCCUUUUAUUUUUAUUCCCCCUUAUGCCAAUGGGAGUGUCUAUCAUCUAUUCAAUCACUGUUCAAUAAUUGUGUACUUCAUUCUGAGAAAGAAUAAAGCGUGAGCUCAUACUCAACAGAAAUGAUCAUUUCUUCAGCCUGCUCAUCAUGUGAUGUUUUGAAAAAGCUUUUACGUACUACAGACUGCAUCUUUGAGGCAUGACACAAACACACUAGCUAAACACAAUGUAUUAUGAAGAAAAUAUUUAUUUACAUACACCUAAUAGAUUCUGUACAACACCUGUUCAACAGAGCAAAAGAAAUAGUUCAAUAUUCAACAUUUCAUUGGUGAGUGGAACGACAUCCAAAUUGAAAAAUCCAGUCAUUGCUACUUUUUUCAAAGAAAAAAAAACAUUAAAAGGUCUCCCAGUUGUGGAA